UAAUUUUUUCAUUUUUUUUUCAUGUGAAUUUUUACUUCUGUUGUCUCAGUGCAGAUAUAAUGAAAUCUGAUUGUCUUCAGGAAGGAAAAAAUUAUAAUUAUAUCAGUCAUCUCCGGGCCAAACCUCGCCUUGAUGGGAAGCUCCACUGAAAUAAGGGGAAUAGUGCCCAGGCUGGAUUUUAGCUUGAUUUUCUAUUAAAAACAGGAGUGGGAUUAGGGAAGUUUUGACAGGUGAAGUGUUGAAUGCCGGUGUGCUUUGUGGAUUUCUCUGAUAAUGAAUACAAUCAAAGCCAUUGAGCCUGCGACUGGGAUAUUGAGUGCGAGAGCAAACAAAGGGCUGGGUGAACCCGUCCUCUAUUGUUAGGCACAAGUGUCCACAGCAGCUCAUCCAGAUAUGGGACCCAUCAUGUCCGACAAACCAGAUUUUGCAGAAAUUGAAACAUUUGACAAGACAAAGCUGAAGAAGACAGAAACCAGAGAGAAAAAUCCAUUGCCCACUAAAGAAACUAUUGAACAGGAAAAGCAAAGUGAAAGUACAGCCUGAGCAUAAAAUUGAAGAUGUGACUGCUGCUUCUUCAGUGGGGUUUUGGCUUCAGAGUUGGGUUGUUUUGUUUUGUGCAUCCCCCUCCGUGUUUGUUGCCCAUUUAUUUUAGCAAACAUUGGCUCAUUUAAUGUUCCCCUGGAAAGAAGUUUGGUUUGUAUUUGUUGAACAAGAUACCAUGUAUUUGUAUUCUUAAAACUGUAAUUCCAAGUUCUGUAUCAAAGCCGUUACUUGCCCCAAAAAAACCAAUUCGCAUAAAAAUUGUUUCCCUAAGCCUCACAAUAAACAGGUUUCUUCUGA